CCCAGUAGCGCGUGCUCAUGUUUGAUUGACAGUUGCAGAGCCUUGCGCUGGGACAGCAGGCUCACUCAAAAGGGACAACCAGAAACAUAUGAAUGUUGCUGUCUGUACAACAAGAGGCGCUGCACCUCAGCUGAACGUACCUACUCAAGAAAAGGCAUUACUUUUUAUUGAGGGUAAAGACACCUCACUACGUUUUUUUGCUUCAGUUGGGAUUCUGCGACGUGUGGGAGCAGCUGAGCCGUGAAAAUGAGUUCCAGAAGGCCGAUGACUCGUGCUUUUUCUGCAAACGGGCGGUUGGGUGGUAUAAGCGAGGAUGAUCUGCCCGUACCCACCGGCAGACCCGAUUCCCGAAACUACCUGCUGAACGUCCGGCCGGAGAACAGGAGCACGCUGUGUAGUGUGAUGGCACAGCUGACUGAGGAGACGCAGCCGUCAUUCGAUACUACCCUGAAAUCCAGGGCUGUGUCCGAGGACAGUAACGUCAAGUUCUCCUGCGAGGUUUCAGGUUACCCCGUUCCUGAACUGACCUGGUACAAAGAUGACAUGCAGAUGGACCGAUACUGUGGCCUUCCAAAAUAUGAAAUAUUCCGCAGUGGAAAAGUCCAUACACUCCACAUUUACAAUUGCACGAUCGAAGAUGCAGCCAUCUACCAGGCAUCAGCCCGGAACAACAAAGGCAUCGUCUCCUGCUCGGGCGUACUGGAGGUCGGCUUGAUGAACGAGUUUAAGAUCCACCAGCAGUUCUUCAACAAGCUGAAGCACAAGGCCGACACCAAGCGGAAGGAGAUCGAGGAGAGCCGGCGGCGGGAGAGGGGCAAGGAGAAUGUGCAGGCCACAGUCCCCCAGCAGCAGCACACCAUCAGCCCAGAGCGGCCUCCCAGGAAGCGCAGGUCACCCAGCGUGCCGGGAAUCCAGGCACCUUCUGCCUUGCGGGACAAGGAGCCUGAGCCCAAGACACGCUCCCAGGCUGAUGCUCGUCUGCACGAGAGGGCUAGAGGGGAUGUGUUUGGGCAGCCGGCAGCCGCCGUGGAGAUUCCCAACGGGUUCCCCGCCGACGCCAGGGUGACGCCCAUCUCAGACCUGACGAAGGGGGCAGAGAACACGAAUGACAACCCGGACCUCGCGUACGUCUAUGAGACAGUGGAGAUAGUCACCACCACCUCCAGGCGCCCAACCAAGGAGCCCUUAGCCAUGAAGAGACCAAAGAUAGCCAACGGGGUGGCAGGCAGGGAGGUUAGCGGUGGAUCGGAACAGGGGAAGGGAACGAGUCAGAGGAAUGAGGGUGAGGUGGGAGGAAGCAAGAGGGAUGAAGUUGAGGAGGGAGGAAUGAGCCUGGCCCAGUAUCUUGCAGAGUCCUUGAAGUCGCAGGAAUACGAGAAUAAGCAGAACUCGGAACAGGACACGAUGGAAGUAGAUGUUGUAGUGUCCCCUGAGAAAGAUAAGGAUAAAGAGAAGGCUGUACGGACAGAGCCUCCAAAAGAGGUGAAUUCAGACACCCAUACUCCCGCAAGUAAGCAACCAGAGCCUCCUCAUAGCCAAGGACCUCUCUCCUCAGUCUUCUUCUCCAUCAGAGACAUGUUCUUUGGGAGUAAGAAUAACGAAGUGAGCAAAACAGCCGAUGAUGUCCCACAGCACAACCAUGUUGCCACUGCAGAGAAAGAACCCCCUUCUGUCCCAUUACAACCUGACUCAAAAGUGCCUGUGCCAGAACUGGGUGGUCAGACCGAGGACUUUAAAACAUCAGCAGGGGAGCUAACACCGAUGGAUACAGAAGAACAGGUGGAGCCCCCCUCAGGGGGAGCAGGCGUAAGGAGUGCUUCCCCGCAACACAUCACUCGAGAGGUUUGGGACGAUGCUGCAAAAGGCAAACAGCUGGGUUUGGACAGCCACGGCCGGGGAGCUACAGUUUCCAAGAGCCCUGCUCCUGUGGUUGAGGAACCAGUGGAGAUGGCAGGGGUUGCAGCCCAUCUCCUGCACAAACCAAGUGGGGGCCAGAUGCAGGCAGGGGAAGCAAGUGGUGCUGUGGAGACUGCCCAGCUACCUACAGGGCCGCUGGUUUCUGAGGUUGGGGAGGACCAUAUGCAGGCAGAGUGGAAUGUACCAUCUGUUGUUCAGGACAUAGUCGCACCCCUAUGUGAGCCGGAUAUACAAGUGCCAGGAGUGUUUACAUCAGCUGGGGGGCAGGCCACAACAGAUACGGGUGAAAAGUAUACCCUGCAUGGUCAUGACCAGACUGACCCUGGUGAGCCGACAUCCAGUGUGCAGCCCGAUUCCAGGGGAUCAGGUGACAUCUCCAUGGAAACCAAGGCUGGUCAACAGAAAUUGGGCCCCAAAAACAUGGGAGGCCAGGAUGGCAACAGGGAUGCAGUAAAAGAAGGGGACAAGCAGGUAACGAAGAACAGAGCGGAAAGUGGAGAUGGUCAUGGUAAGGUGAAUUUGUCUGCCAUGGUGGAGGAUAAUGUUGAAAUGAAGGGGAAAGAAAGCCCACCGAGCACGGCUCAGAAACUGGAAGCCGAGACGAUUUCAGACAUGCAAGAGAAAUGGGAGACGGAUGGCACUGAAAAACUGGCCACUGUCAAACCACUGACUGUAGAAUUGAAGCUUUCAGAUGUUUCACAACUCGAAGAACCAAUGGCAGGUGUGCCGGAAGUGAAUAUUCCACAGCCAAGAAUCCCUGAAGUUCUAGAUACUGUUAUACCACAUCUUAAAUCUCCAAAUCUGGAAUGCGUUGUUCCAGAAUUGCCACAACAAGAAGCUACAGUAAUCAAUAUUCCAAAGACACAUAUUUUAGAAUCACCAACUGAACGCAAACCUGUUGAUGAAAGAUCUGGUUCACAGCUACCCCCAACAAAAGCUUUGGACAUAGCCAUUGUGGAAAGUGAUCAAGCUUCCAUAGUGGAGAACAUCCAGGAAAAACAGGUCCUUUUAACACAUCAGGUUUCACAGCAAGAUAAAGAAAAACCAGUGCCCAAGGAAAGACGAAAGAAGAUUCAGAGGAAUCUUGACAAGACAGAAAAAGAAAUCCCAGUUAUUAAUGUAUGUCUCAGUGAAGACAGUGAAAUUUGGUUUGACCCUGAGCCCCACAAAGUAAAGUACCCAACUGUAGUCGAACCAGCAGUGGAAGAACCAUUUAAAGUUCCCACCUUUGUGGUUUCUCCUAUUACUCUCACAUCUGCAGACAGCCUACCUGAGAGCAUUAAUAUGACUAUAGAUGAGGUAAAGAAAAUAGAAUCAAUACCUUCUUCAGUUCAUGUAGUCAAUGAUGAUGUAGACUUGACAAAAAAGUAUAAGAGUCCAUCUUUGGAGGACAAGGAGGACCUUAGCCCUCCUGCUUCUGUUUGUGAGAAGAUUACUGAUGUCAAAGCACCUGAUAUGCCAUUGAUCAUAGGUGUGCCAUCAGAAGGCAUUGCAUUGAACCAGUCAGACACAAUAGACUUGUCCACUAGAGUAUCUGAUACUGUAGUCAGAAAAACACCACCACUCACUACCUGCUUUGAGGAAGAUCUAGGAAAAUCACAGAAAGAGCUUCAAACUGUUACAGAGCCUCAAACCUUUGUGGAUCAACUCCAAAAAGACAAAUCUGCCACUGAGAAGCUUAGCCUUGCAGGCCCAGAGCAGCCCAUGUUGAGUCCCACAACUCUGCGGAGGUUCGCAGCCAAGGGUUUCUCCAGUCUGGAUGUUCCAGGUCUAAUGGCCAAUAAUGUAAUGGCGGUUCCUGCCAUUCAGGUGGACGACUUCCCAUCAGGAGAGAAGCAGGCUGAUGAGGGGACAGGGGGGGACAGCCCCCCGGCCGUCCCAUCCUGUGAGACUAGCCCCCGGCUGAGAAGGAAGGACAGCCCAACCCUCAUCCCCUCUGCUACCCCCCAGGAGCUGGCCUCCGGGGCCCGUCGCAAAAUCUUUGUCUCCAAAUCGAGCGAGGGGGCAGAGAAGGAGGAGUUGCCGAGGAAGAAGUCGCUCCCCCAGGAGCAGGAGCAGCCCUACAUGUCACCCAGCCAGUCGAGGAAGUCGGCGUUCCUCCAGACCCCCACGGGUCAACAGACCCCACCCACCGAGAGACGCUCUCCCCUCAUUGGGCGCAAGAAGGCCACCCUGGAGGUCCCUAAACGUCCCGAGGAGGUGGUAGAAGAGACGGACGCCACCAAGACAGAUGUGAAGCCAGCAGAGAAGGAGACCCUAGACCCCUUUAAAGCACCUCAGGUUAUAAGAAAGAUUCGGGGAGAGCCCUUCCCUGAUGCCCUUGGACACUUGAAGCUGUGGUGCCAGUUCUUCAAUGUACUGAGCGACUCCACGAUCAAGUGGUACCGAGAUGAAGUGGAGAUUGUCGAGGUUAAAAGGAGUGCGGGAGACGAGAGCCAAGUGGCGCUUGCCAUUGUUCAGACAUCAAGCAGGGACUGUGGUGUGUAUGGCUGCACCAUCAAGAACGAGUAUGGGACAGACACAACCGACUUCUUACUCAGCGCAGACAUACUGUCCAAUUUCCUACUGAGGGAGGAUUUAGAAGUGGGCGAGGAGAUUGAGAUGACCCCGAUGGUCUUCACCAAAGGUCUGGCAGACCCUGGCUGCUGGGGAGACAAGUUUUUUGGGCGCAUCAUGAUCGAGGAGGCGCACAUUGGGGAGGGGUGCGUCCACAAAGCCUGCCGGGUGAAGGUCAUCUAUGGCCUGGAGCCUGUCUUUGAAUCCGGCAGCACCUGUAUCAUAAAAGUGCGAAACCCCAUCGCCUACAGCUCCAAAGAUGAGAGCAGUCUGGCUGAAAGAAACUUGGAGAUCACAAAGCAGGAGUGUAAAAUCCAGAACACAGCUCGCGAGUACUGCAAAGUCUUUGCUGCUGAGGCACGGACGAUAGAAAACUUUGGCACACCACUGGAAAUGCUUCCUCGUUACCUGAUGUAUAGGCCAGCCAACACGAUCCCGUAUGCCACGGUCGAAACCAACGCUCCAGGGCUCUUCCAGAAGUACUGCAUGAUGGACGCCACGGGAAGGCUGAUCAUGAGGAGCUCAUCGGAGGUGGAGCAGAAAUGCUGUGCCUUCCAGCACUGGAUCCACCAGUGGACCAGUGGCAACCUGCUGGUCACUCAGCUGGAAGGUGUCGGCAUGAGGAUCACAAACAUUGCCGUUGCCACAAAGUCAAAAGGGUACCAAGGUCUCCCAGACUGCUGGAACCCGCAGGUGUUUGAGCAGUUUGUGCUGCUUCACCAGUGCAACUACUACUGUGGCCUCCUGGGGCUGAGGACCCUGAAGCCCAUAGACCCCCUGUCACAGCCUGCCAAGAUCAAGGCCUCCAGGAGUCCACUGCUCAACCGCAGGGCCGGGCCCAGCUCCAGCCCCCAGCUGCCCAAAAAAGGGGUGCACAGCCCACAAUCCACCCGCAAGGCCGGCUCCAGCCCCAAGGUGCCCAGGAAGGGCGAGUCGGGGGACAACGGCAAAGCCAAAGCCGGAGAGGCGCCAAAAGCCUGAGGGCCGAGGUGGAACGGGAGUCUGUACAACAAGCCGAUGUCAAAGACAGGAAAACGAACAAUUGUAAGACAAUUCUAUCUCUCUUUUAUCCACUCCGCUGACUGGAGUAGUUUUUCCACAUCGUUGGCGUGCUCUGUUACCAUGGUUACCUGAGCAUGGGCUGGAAUGGCACAGCACAACCUCCUGUGUCAGCAGUCGGAUGUUCUCAGUAGAGGAGUGAAGUGAUUGAUUACACUGGUCAUAUUUUGCAGUAGUGGCUGAAAACUAUCAUUUAUUUGCUAAGUGUCCAUUUUGUGGUGUGUUUGGCUGCACGAAUAUUGCACAGACACAACCGACUUAGUCAGCACAGACAUUAAGUCACACAGUACCCACCCUAGAUUUACUGGAAAUUCAGACAUUUUAGGGUGUAUUACUGUGCAGAUGAUUAAUGUCUCUCUCAUCUCCCUUUCUCCCACUUCCUUCUUCUUUUGCUGCAAGCAUUUUAUUAAAUGGCUCGCAAGUUCUAAAAUAUAUUUGCCAGGUCUCUCUUGAAAAAGACAUCAAUCUCAAUGGGACAUUCCUGGUUAAAUAAAGGUUAAUAAAUAUAUAUAGCUGAAUUGUCAUAGGAGCUACCAAGGUAACUUUAUUCUCGCACUUUAUUUUAAUGAACCUACUUGUACUGUUAAUCAUCAGAGCAGGACUUGGUUACCUAUUAAAUAUGUAUAACAUAUAGAGUAGGUAAGUACUGUAGUUAUCAAACAGAUACUGAGUUAGUAGUGAACAGGUUGUAAACUUGCAGUCUAUGAGUCAUCGCUUUAAAAAUAAUUAUUCUUGUAUGUUCAAAUUUGUUCCCUCACCCGGAUUUGAAUCCAAACCCAGGGUUCCAGAAAUGAUCUGAGAUCUGUGAGGAGACUUCAGAGAAUGGAGUAGAGGGGUUUUGACACUUUAUUGAUCAAAGUAUUCCCACAGGCAAUGCCUGUGGAUGAAACUUUAUCUCCCUGUUAAAUGCUGCAGGAACAUAGUAUCGAGAAAGAAAAAGGUAGAAAAAUAUAUUCAGAAGGUGGACGUUCCCAUUCUUUCGCUACAUGGCUGAAAUGUGAGGCUUUUUCAUUUUAAUGUAUGUCUGUUGCGCAUUUUACUUCGUACCUGGCUACUCUUUCAAUUAGAUUGGUCUGUGCUUCCUUAUAAUGGCAGUUCUGUGUUCAGGACUGCAUUCACAAUAGGUGAAUUUCUGAAUCCUCAGCAAAAAAAAAACAAAGACAACAACCAUUCCUAGGUGCAUUGCUUGAAGUCGGGAGUCUGAUUAUUUGGUCCCCCCUCUGAUUUCCUUUCUUCUUUUUCCUGAAGGAUAUAUUGCUGGAGCAAACUGCCUUUUUGUGAUGCAGCUCAAUUGUUGUUACAUAGAUACUGCACACUACACUGUUACUGUGAAACCUGCUUUGCCUGCUACUAGGAUGAACAUGUGUCUCCUGUUGUAUGCAAACAAAGGCAGCUGUACUUAAAAAGGCACCAAGGGGGUUUUCUAUGUAAAAAUAAAUCCAGCAAGAACUGUUUGGUUCGGCGUACCGUACCAUGCCAUCCCAAAUCAGCCCUUUUAAGGCCAGCUGAUUUGUCCAGUGUUUGGUACACUACGUUUGUCUAAACACUUAAACACAGGAAUUAUUUUUCAUACAAAAUAUCUUGUGUUACAUAUAACAAUCGUUGAAACAAUUGAGAUGUAAAACUAGUUAUCUCUGAGAGAACAGCCAUAGGUGCUCUUUUACUAAGUGUGUGUUACUGUACUGCCUAAUGCACACCAUUGCAUGUAUUUUGAAGUUUAUUAUUUUUGUUUUGUGUUCUGGAAAAAAAUUACUUGGCUGGAUUGUUCUUGGACAUGUGGAGUAUUUGGGUGGCCACUUGUAGCUCUGUAGGCUUGACCCACCAGUUUCAGAACUUAAUAUUACCACUGCUUCUGUUCAGGCUAGACAUACGACAGAACAGCAUGACAUCAAUAUACUCUCAAGUGCCAAUAUUUCAUAGUAUUAAACAGAAAAAAUUGGAUAUUCAUAAUGUCAUCAUUGUAAAACUAAAAAGAACAAAUAAUUUUAUCAAAACAUUUUUUGGUUCAUGCUGAAAGCAGUUUUAGGAUUAAAUGUAGAUAUUGUUUGUUAAUUUUGGCUACUGUUGUGCUGUCACUGGUCCACGAGUUUCACUUGUUAAAUUGUAUCACUGCAUUUACGUGUAGAAAAUAUGAUCAAGAGUAAUGUCUGUUGUUUUAUGUUUGGACAGAUAUUGCUGUACCGGAACAAUGAAACCAAACCGAAUGAAACAGUUUUUGUUUGCAUUUAUGUGUGUGCACGCACAUGGGUGCAUGUGUGCCAGCACGUGUGUUGAAGGAGGCUGUGUUUACUGUAGUCCAUGGCACUGUUAUACAGUGACUAGUAAUGCGGUGCUUGUAUUUUUUGUAAAAUAAAAAUGUACAUAUCAACUUGUCACAA